AAACAGCGCCCGAGACGGUUCCGUGGCCGUUGUCGAAGCUUCUAAAGAAGGCUCUCCGCGAAUCGCGAUCUAUACAGAUAUAUCGCGAGGAGGAAAAAGGAAGCAUCGUAAGAUACGUCACUAGAGAGCGCCUAUAUCAGCGACAGUCUCUCAGUGUGUAUAUAUCGUUGAAGUACUUAUUACUGUUAGUUUAUCUGUUUACACGAGCUGUUGGUCCUCGCCAGUCGUGCCAUAAAGAUCGAUUUCGACGGGGAAAUAAACAAGGAGAGAAAGGAAACACCUGUUCGUGUCCGCACGAGUAUUGUCAUCGGUGCGGCAGGCACUUUUUCGAAAUUCAGUAACAUAGAAUCAUGCGCUUGGCGCGCAGAUGACGGCGGCUUGAAAAGUUCAAACGUACGAGGAGAGCAACCGAAAGAUAUCUGAUAUGUGGCGAUGUCUUCGAGCUCGAACAACAAAUUGCGAAUUCUCUGGGAACACUUCAUACAUGCGGAGCCCCAAAGCUACGAGAAGUCCUGCUGGCUCGACGUCUUUCUAGCCGAGCUAUUGGCUCAGCUGAAGGAAGGCCACGACGUCAAGGAUGCUCUUUCCUUCUGGUCCGUGGGCGAGGGCAGCGUGGCGACGCUCGUCGGCUGCGAACUGCUGUCCGAUGUGCACCGGCUCUGCGAAGCCUCCCAGACGGCAACCUCUGCUGGCUCCUCGUCCAUUGGGGCGGCCGGUUCCAACGUCGGCCUCGAGCUUCGGGGUCUGCACAACUACCUGGUGCGAGAGCGCGGAUGGAGAUGCCUCGCCGUCCUCCAGCAUCUGGGAUUGCGGGAGCUCAGUUGUGCCCGGGAACUUGUCGCCCUGCUCCUGGCAUUCUACCCGCUUCUCUCCUCGCAGCAGGUGGACCAGGAACCGGCGGGAGCUUCUGUUCCACCGACGCCCAAUCCCUACAUCAGCCUCUACACCAACGACGAGAGCUUCGAGUCCCUGCCGAUCACGCUGCAGAGGAGGAGGAAGAAGAGGAGGAGGAGGAGGAACAAUGGUAGGAAGCUGAAGGACGAGGACCGAGAUCGGCAGAAGCUCGGCAAGGGUAGCUGCAGCGUUAAGGAGGGCGGGGAAGACCAGUCGUUGAAUCGCCGCCGGAGAAAGCGACGCUCCUGCACCCAGAGCUACCUGCACCAGCGAGCCAACAACAGUCAGCUGCAGCACGACCUGAGCAAGGCGCAGCUGUCCUGGAGCGAGAACCAGAGCAGCGAGUCCGAGCAGCUGAGCGAGAUGGAUCACUCGCGCUCCAUGGCUCUCAAGAUACGACUGAACCCCAUGGACUUCGAGUACUUCACCUCGAUCGUUCGCAGCGAGGACGAGCUCGCCAGGAAGUGGCAGCUGUCGCCGGAAGAAGGAGACGCUCGGCUCAACGUCAGAGUGAACGAUCACGAGAGGUCCUCUGGGUUGUCCCGCUCGUCCAGUGGCUCGCGCAAGACCAGUCCCCAGGACAUGCUGGACGAGCGGAGCAAGGCUGUGCUGGAAUGCGGCAUCACCCAGUACGAGUCGAGCCUUCUGAUCAUUCAACUGCUUCUGGCACUCCAGGAGCAGGAGAUGCGCCCCGAGUCCAGCCCGGCUAUGCACGUGCUCAAGUUCGCCCUGGACACCCUCUGGUCGCUCCAGUUCGCCAACGAUUCCGUGCCGUUUUCCGGGCUGGAGUGCGCCACCUUGAAGGCCGCCGCGGCCCGACUGAUGCUGAGCAGCCUGGAGCGGGCUCUCGAGGCCGACGAGCCGACCACCGCGGUCAUUCACAACGGCCUCCUGCCUAUGACGUUCAGACUGCUCGAGGACGCCUGCUGCAAACCCAUUCCCAACGGGACCAGCCCGGAGGAGGGAUCCCUGCUGCAGGAGUUCAUCUUCGCCACGAUUCACGCCGUCAUCACGUUUCUCUACUUCCUCCUGCAGCAGAGGGGCACUGCCGACAAGUUCAAAGAUUUUCUCGAGCUGUUUCAGCUGUUCACCGAGAGCCAAGAGGGAAAACUGGUCGAGCGGACCAUCUUGGCCAUCGUCGAACUACCCAGUGCCGAUUCGAACAAAUCGCUCAACCGCGCCAGGAAGGUCAUAGACAUGAUCGGGAUGCUGAUGAGUACGCUCAAGCGCACGAGGCAGGAGCUCAGUCACAUCAACCACUGCAGGCGCUCGAAGCACAAGAUCUGUCACGAGCAGGAGAGCAACGAGACGCAUCAUCACGCGGACGUGCUCGGCGUGCCGUACUUUUCCGACCCGGCGCACGUCGUCACCGCCAGAGCUUCCUUGUCCAAGUCCGUCUGCUCCAUCUCGUCUCUCUUCUCGACCUUCACGUCGCUGCUCAAGGAGAGUCACGCCUUCAGCCCCGAGCUGCAACUCAGACUGAUCAAAGUCAUGACGAUGACCGGCACUUGUUGCUGCUUUCCGCCAAAGUUCCUGCUCGCCAGUGUCAUAUGCUUCCUCAAGAAAGCCAAUUGCCAGGCCUACAGCCCCGUCGUUUCCCUGCUCGAGAGGACGGUUUUCAAGGAAUUGGGCGGCUAUCCGAAUGCCGAAGACACCUGUAAUUCCUGCAGUGCCUUGAACAUUUACUCUUGGGACUUUUUGGAGCUCUACGUCGAGGUGUUGAAUCCGGAGAAUAACAAGCUGUGCCACGCGAUGAUGAGGCACUUGUUGAAAGUCACGCCUCAUUCGAUUUUCGCUGUCAAGCAAGAGCUACUUUUUCGCGUUUUUUACCCAACCUUUCUCAAAGCGAAGUCCAUGUUCGAGGCCAACAAGGCUGAAUUUUCUGUCCUCAAGUUUCUCAUACAAUCUUGCCUAUCAGCUAUAUCGAGUCUGAUUGUCAAUCCCGCCAUGUUUCAAAAAUUUAUGGAACUAGGCGGAUUGAAGGAAGCGCUAAGUUUACUUUCGAAUCAAGCCUUCGUUAAGAGCGUCUACGCGCUUUUGGAAAUUUCCGUCAUCAUGGAGAUCAAGAACGUCGAAUGCAACGAAGAAAAUAAUGAUGAUGGCGCGAAAAAUGCAAGACCUGCCGCAAAAGCUUUGUUCGAUUUUAUGGAAAAAGAAACGAACGCCAUUAUGAAUUUGUUGGAAAAAGUGGCCGAUGAGAACGAAAAUAGUCAAAAUGAUGAGGAAAGCUUGAAACAGAAAUCGGCUUUUCAUCAAGCAAGCGGAGUUUGGAGAGCUGCGGCUGGUGUCGUACUUUGCAGUCCCCAAUUCCGACCAGAACUAGUCAAUCACCCGAUAUUCGAUGAACUGAUACUUCUCGCGAAAGCGUUAGCCAUCUCUAUCGCCACCGAUAAAUUCAAUGGUAAAAAUAAAUUUGCCCUCAGAGUGAUGGAAGCUGUCGUCACGUGCUGUUUAAUUUCUUCCUUUUCAACUAAAUAUAAUAUAGUUGCGAUUCUUGCCGAUACAUUGUUAGACCCUAAAGUAAAACUGAGUCGCGGCCUUAGCGCAUUGGUCGAAAUUUUUCUGCAAGUAUCCAUGUUAAGACCUAGUCAAGAGCAAACAGUUCCUCAUCAGAGUCGCACCACGCUGUCAACUAUGACGAUGGAUAUUUCUACGGAUUGGGGUGAAGCCGACGAUAGCAGUACCGGAGAAUACGUUACCGCCGAUGACGGCUACGAAGCUGAUAUCGAAGUGCCUGUAAAAAAUUCUCAAGACGUCUUAUCGAAGCGAAUUAAUCACUUUGGCAGAGCCCCUGAAACAAUUAGAGGAAAUGCUAAUGCUCAUCCUGCUCUUUGCUCUUUAACGAUUGAUCUUUUAAUUUGUUUUGCUAAGCAAGGCCUAGACGAAGAAAGAAAUACUAUAGUAACGAACGGAUUGAGAAGAGUGGCAGUCAUUUGUAAGGAAAGUGCCUUAAGCUGUGCCUCGUUAGCUGGAACUGGUGCAAUCACCAGAAUAUUGCAAGGUUUUAAAGAAAUUCUUGAAAGCCGAGAACUCCAAUAUCAAGAUUUACAACAUGCAGCGCUCGAAGUCUUUACCCUUUUGGCCAUGCAGUCUAUUUCUCCGACGGAGCUGGUAUCCUACCUUGCAUUUUUCAAAGUGUCUUCGCCUCCUUUAUUAUCUCUGUUGGAGCCGCUCUUUCGUCUCGUGCUCAAAGCGAAACCGCAGCCGAAUUUCAUUUUGUCUUUUCCUGUGACGUGCAAUGUACCCGUCGCUACGAAAAUCAAUAACGACGAUUACAGAAAUUCUGAAAAAGCGGAAAAUCUAGUCAACAACUUUAGAAAAAAGCAUUUAGCUUUGGAGAUAUGCAGUCCAUGGUCCGUGCACGCGAUCUGUCUGCCUAUCGGUUCGGAGAUGUCUUGGCCGGUUUGGUUGCACGGUUGCUCUGUUUCGCUAUGGCUGCGAAUUGAAAGAGGAUGUGUGACGACCAGUUGUAGAAAUUUACAGAUGAUGAGCGAUAUAAAGCCUCUGCUCGACUCUGAGAGCGAUAGUUUAUCCGACUGGGGUGUGCUUUCCGACAACUGGAGUCGAGAAGUCAUCGUUGGUUCAUCUUCUCCGCCAACGCCUACGUCCAUACUUCACAUGAUAUCUAUUGGAUUUGAAUCACUAGUGUUGGAAACGUGGCUCGAUUUAAGAUCUGAUAAGCUCAUAUUAAGGUUGACCCGCCCUGACGACAAAACAAAUCGUACGAUUUCGGAAACUUCGAUACACGGAGUUCUACCGUCGGGAGGAUGGCAUCAUUUAGCUAUGAAUUUCAACGAUACAAUCCUGAAUAAGCACAGUGCUGUGGUUGAGGUUGUGAUUUGGAUAGAUGGUUGGAUAAAUAUUAAAGCGCAGUUACCUUUCGAUGGACUUCUGAUCAGGAAGCCAGGAACUACGUGUGUUCUUCUCGGCCAAAUGGGACCAAGUGCCAUUGGGGCUUGGUAUCUUAGUAACCUAAUGAUAUUUAGAUGUCCAGUAUUUACCAGUGAAACGGCCUUGUACGUCGCGAGUCUGGGUCCUAAUUUUACAAAUCUCGCUGACUGCAUCAUAAGUAACAUGAAACCGGAUUUUGCGCCGCUCAUAACUUCGGGAGCACUAAAUGGAUUCGCGGAGCGGAAAUAUGUAGAUGUUGGAAAAUUCGAUAGCAAUCGAAAGAAAACGCAUGGAGAAACACGAAACGCUGUGGAAGUCCAAAUAUCCGAUACGAAAAUCGACUGGGACUCGGUAAUGGAUGCAACCAAUUCUCACUUGACCGAAUUACAGGACAAUUUACUGUUGAUAUACGAAGCACAGAAUCCUAACAUUGUUCACCUGUAUCCUCAAGCAGUCGCUAACACUAAUGCCGCCAUUAAGAAUCUUUUUCCUGGCCAGCCCGCAUUCAGAGUGGUCUCUGUACCAGAACAUCGAGUAUCACAACAACCGCCACUUUCUGUUCUUCCAAUCAUGAGUGUGCACAUACAUUGCCAACACUACAAAGGCCUUGUAUCAUCGGCUGCUUUAAUUGGCGGAGUCCCUGUAUUCUUGUACUUAUUUGCCAGGGUGGUAGAACUGAAUUCGACCGAGGAAGAGCAAGCUUUAGCGCUCUCGGUAGUCUUGCACUUGGCUCGCAGCGAUUCGGAAAUGUUGAAUCAGUACCGAACAGAGGGGGGCGUUUCUCUUCUUCUAAAAGUUUUGGAAUCACCUCGUUGCUACGCCGGCAAGCACAUGCUCAAGGCGAUACUUGACGCAUCAUGCGAUUGUCCUAUCCUCGUCAAGGAUAUCGGUACAAAGAACCACCUAAUCUUGCAGCACAGCGAAGCGGUUAUUACCGAUCCUGAAUUGAUCAAAUGCGCGCUUGAGGCGUGGAGAACUUGGGCUGCGUACGACGCACUGAAUUUAUUACUUCAGACAAUGUUGUUUCUAUUGAGGGAUCAGCAUCCACAACGAGAGUUCAACGCUUCCCAACUGAAUCGUAUUCGGAUCGUCGAUACGAUACUCGUUAUGUGCAAGGAACACUUUAUGUACGAAGAGGUCAACGUAUCAUUGGAUCCCACUACAGGCAGUGCCGUAGUAGAACUGAUUCGUGCGCUCAUGGGCGCUCCACCAGAGUUUCCUCAUCUGGUCUCGAUCACGGAUUACCUGGUGCUCGUUCAUCAGGCUUCCGAAACGUACAUCACUCACUCCAGACAUAACAUGUAUUUCUUAUUGGCACCUUUGGAAGAGGCGAAAUCGUGUUCUGGAAAGAGCCUACUUGGCAGCUCGUCCAACGAGUCCAUUAGUAGUGCCAUUGAGAAUACGAAAUUGAACAAAGCCUUGACAAACGUGCAAAUACAGAAAGAACAAGCGCUCAAGGAUCGAAACGUAGAUAAAAUACAGCAGGAUAACGAUACGUCGUCGCAGGGACAAGAUACGAGUGCCGGAGAAGACUCGGGUAUCGCCGCGAGCGAAGGCUCGAACAAGCAGACGAAUGAAAAACAAUCGGUCUGGUCCGAUAUGAAAAGAGUCUGUCAAGGUUUGGUGUGCGAAGGCUUACUAUUGCUCCUCAGAGACGCUCUCCGAGUUCUACCCGAUAGUCAAGUUGGAUCUGUGCUGAAGCACGUGCUUCGAGUCGAGCUCUUGUUAGUUUUGUCAAACAAUCCCGACGCCAGAGUUCGAACGGCUUUGAUCAAAGUCAUACAAGUGUACUUGCAGCGGACCACCGACGAAGAAGUCAACCGGUUCAUCAAGCAAAAGUACUUCGUGCAUCUUGCUAAUCAAAUUUCGUUGUACGCGGGUAGCGAACCAUUGGUCGUUACUUUGGAAAACCUGGCUUUGAAGGGUCCAAGUCUCGCCGCGAUGCCGCCUGUUUUGGCGAUGAUUCCAAGGGCCGCCGCUACCGAUUUGAACGUCGCCAGACCUCUAGUUGCUUUUCUCACCGACCUAGUCACCAGGAAUCCAAACGCUUUGAGAAUUUUACUCGAGCAAGGCCUAAUGGAAUCUCUCAGUCGGGGACUGGUGAACGCUGCUCACAUAAGUCCGUCCGCUUCCCUGUUUCGAGACUUGCACGUUUUAUUAGUGGCUAUCGCGACAAAGUUAUUAGACUCUCCUGGAAGUCAUCACAUGCAGGCCGUCACCGAUAUGCACGUCAUACUCAAUCAUACAGAGUUGAAGGAAAGGUCACAAUGCGGUGUGAGCAAAGUUUGCGUCACUGCAGUGAGGGACGCUCAAGUCGCUCUCUUCGAUGGAGAAUUAGACAUCCUUACCGCCAAGGUGUCCAACCAUUCCGGAUUCCGUUUGAAGAGUACUGCUUCUUAUUUGGCAUCGUCAUCCUACAUGAACAACGCCCUUACAACGUCGAGUGAACAAAGCGACCACGGCUCUCGUUCCUCCAGUUAUGGAAGUCUGCACGUGAACUUGAACACGAUGCGCGAGCCAGGAAAGGGAGAGCUGAACGAACGAUUCCGAUUGAUUCUCAAUCGAGCCGUUGAUUUUCUUACGACUGCCGACGAUUUGCCUUCAGCCAGUGAACUGCAGUUGACCAAAAGAUUAUUUUCUAUUCUUUUACACGGUAUUUCUAGUCCACUAGGUAAAAAGACUUACUGGAUAAACGCAUGGUCCGUGAAACCUGCGCUGAGAAAGAACACAGCCAGGAUCAUGGUUUGGCUGAUGAGCCCUCAUCAGAACAACAGUACCAGAGUUUACGCCGUCCGCUCAUUGACCGAGGAGCCGAAAGCUCGAGAAAUUUUAUCCACCUUGUUGGAGGUUCAUCCUCAGGUUGAACAAAAAUUCAGUGUAUUUUUGUGGGACUUGCUGCAAAAGAAGGACGAGAUGCCGAGCGCCGAUGCCCGCAUCUGUGCGGAAUUGCGAGAAGCGCUUAAAAUUUGGGACCUGGCCAGGGGCAUCGAGCAAGGAAACUCUGAAACUUGGCUGGAAGAGCUUUCUCUGUUACGCCGCGAACUCAUGAAGGAAAGGGACAUCUGGAUUGAAAGUCAAAUGCCUGCCAUUCAACGACUCUGCAACAGAUACGAACCGCUGGCCAAACAGUUGACGGAAAGUGCGAUGGCUAUAACGCGAACGGUAGUGGAAGAGCAAAAUCGGGAGCGCAAAGUACUUAUGGAGAGAUUAAAGCACUGCAGGGGCCUGGAAGCUCAAGCAAUGGCCAAGUGGAGAGAUCUGGCUAAGAGAUUAACCCACGAGAAGGCCCCCUGGUUCUUCCCAGGAAGUUACCCGACAAGCUGGGAGCUCGAUCCAACCGAGGGUCCAGCCAGAGUUAGAAUUAGACUACAACGAUGCCAUUUGAACAUCGAUAAACGAUUCUUUUUACCGGAGUAUGCGAACAAAUUAGAAGCGAACAAUGUCGAAGCUCCGCUAUCCUACUUAUUCACCAACGGGAAGCAGGAUGCAAACGCAACUGCCUUGAUCGAGAGACUGCACACAACGGAGAGAAUCCGAAAGAUGUCCCAAGCGAGCGUCGUCACGCCGCAAGCAGAAUUAGCCGGCGAAGCUUUGAUCGGCGAAACUUGCUUCUAUUUUGUUCCAGAAAAUCCGAAUAUGCCCCUCCAAACAGAUAUAGCCUUAGGUGGUGUAGAUUUAGCAAUGGCCGGGGGGUCAGCCUGGCGAUUAGAAGACAUCCGGGAGCUUCAUCGACGGAGAUACCAGCUUCAAGAGAGAGCCAUAGAGAUUUUCUUGAUAACAGGCAGAACGUAUUUGUUAGCCUUUAAUUCGUCCAAGGAGCGAGACGAAUUUGCAUUGGAACUGUCGAAUUGCAAUUUGCCGAGACGCGUCCCUGGAGACGAUUUGGGAGAAGCUUUAGCUUUAUGGCGAAGCGGCACGCUCACGAAUUGGGAGUACAUCACUUGCCUAAAUAAAUUAGCUGGUCGUUCUUACAACGAUCUGAUGCAAUAUCCCGUUUUCCCCUUUGUACUUGCCGAUUACACCAGUGAGAAAAUUGACUUGACCAAUGCAACGAUCUAUAGAAAUUUCAGGCGUCCCAUGGCGGUCCAAGAUAAGAAAAAUGAGCAACAUUAUAUAAAUAAUUAUAACUACCUGAAACAAGCGUUAUCUGAAGGUUUGAAUUUGGUGGCAUUGAAUCAAGAGCCCUUCCACUAUGGAUCUCAUUACAGUAACUCGGGAACUGUUUUGCACUUUUUGGUGCGUCUUCCGCCAUUUACAAGCAUGUUCCUCAAUUAUCAAGACGAUAAUUUUGACAUCCCUGACAGAACGUUUCACGCUUUGGCAACCACGUGGCGUUUAACAAGCUGCGAUUCUACGACCGACGUGAAAGAAUUGAUUCCUGAAUUUUUCUACUUGCCAGAGUUCCUUUUGAAUUUUGAAGGUUUCAAUUUCGGUGUCAGGCAGAACGGAAACCGAGUUGGAGAUGUGGAAUUGCCCAACUGGUGUGGCGGAGACGCUAGGUUGUUCAUUUUAGCGCACAGAGCUGCUCUCGAAUCUGAAAUAGUCCGGGAAGUUUUGCCAUUUUGGAUAGACUUGGUAUUUGGAUUCAGACAAACCGGUAAGCCAGCAGUCGAAGCAAUUAACGUCUUCCACCCGGCCACUUAUUACGGAUUCAACGUUGAACAAAUAGCGGAUCCGCUGGAAAGACAAGCGUGGGAGACCAUGGUCAAGACGUAUGGCCAGACGCCAGCACAACUGUUCAGGGCUUCCCAUCCGUUGCCGAUUCAAAAUAUGACCCUCUCAACUCCUACCAACAUUCCUCCCGUUAUCGAGGGCGUCGAAGGUAUAAAAUGGGGAAAUUACGUCGGUGCACCAGGCAACGAGCCAAUCGUUUGCUGGAAGCACAAGCACAGGGUUUUACUCGCGUCACUCAUACCUUUAGUAACCGGGGAUGUAUUUGGAUUACCCGUCUGCACUACGCUUAUACUCGCCUACUCCAAAGAUAGAGGUGCUAGUAUGUUGAGUAGCACCUCAAUAAUGGGGGCGGGAUUAGCUUCCUGGAAUAGCACUGACGGAAUCGCAAGAUUAAAAACGAAAAAAGAACAACCACCUAGACCACUUAUAAAGGCUUCUGGAUUGGACCCUGUAACCAUCAUGAAGUCUUCACCGGACUGUGGGCAAUUUUGGAUUGGAUAUGUUUCCGGUCGAAUAGUAGUCUACGCGUGCAGCGUUAGCAUAGCUGGAAAAAUAGAAUUUAGUCCUGCUUCGCCAUCUGUUUUACUUGCUCACAGAAACCGAAUUACCAAUAUUGAAUUGUCUCGAGCAUUCAGCAUCGCCGUUUCGGGCGAUAACGAAGGAGUUUUUGUAAUAUGGGACUUGAACAGUCUUACUUACGUUAGAUCGAUCUCUCGAGAUCAGCAUUGUCCAAUCACUUCGAUGGCAAUCAGUGAGACUCUUGGCGACAUCGCAGUAGUAUAUCAAAUAUCAAGUUCAUCAGCUAGCGAUGCAGAGAACCGAUCUGAAUUACAAGUAUAUACGAUUAACGCAAAACUAGUUGGCUCUGUAAUUUCAAGAAGCAAAAUAACUGCACUUUGCUACAGCAAUGCCGUUGAAGGUGUUUCUGUGAACGUAAUAGCAACAGGCUUAGAUAACGGCGUAAUCAGACUUUGGAGCAGUUGGGAUUUGAGAUUGGUUCGCGAAAUAUCGAGUAGUAGUAAAGGAUGCGGUGGAAUAAUUGCAAUAACGUGGUCAUGCGAUCAACAUCAUUUGUAUGCUGCAACAGAAGACUGUACAGUUAUUAUUUGGGAAGGUGCUCGAAAAUUAAGUAAUGGCACUCCUAAAUUUGUUAAUCUUACGACUCUCUAAAUUGAACAAAUAUAUUUAUACAUUUUUAUCACGUCAGAGAUUAUAAAGUUGAUUAUGAAGUAUGUUUAAAAUUUAAUGAAUUGUUAAUAAUUCUGUUUUUAUAUAAUUAGUUUGAUAAGUAGCAGAAAUGAGCUCUGAUUUUGUAAAAAAAAAAAUUAAAUUUUAAUACCCGUGAGUAAGAUAUUUGGUCUCGUAAAACCACGUAUAUUUUAACAUGAAUCAAAAUGUAUUUUAAGUAUACAAAAAGUACAUAAAGUAUUAUUUUAAUUGUUUGUUUUUAUAAGUUAGUAUUCAGUCUUGUUUUAACUUGUUUCACCAAACCAUUAUUUUUUAUAUUGCAUUCUAUAUACUUAGGAAACUAGUUACUUCAUAAAUGCAUUUAUUUUAUGUAAAUUAUGAAAAUGUAAUAUAAUUUGAUGAAAUGUAUUUAUUGUACUUGCGCGAUAUUUCAAUAAAAUUAAUGAAACUAUGUUAAAAAA